CAUAUAUCAUACGUAUAUCAUAUAUCAUAUAUCAUAUAUCAUUUACCAUAUACCCAUUGCUUGCCGAAAGAGUUACGCAGCUGCCGAAAGAUGCAUCACAGCUGCAAGUACCACUCUUCGCGCUCGACGCGUCUUCGCCGACCAAUUGACUCGCUCAACUGUCCAUCCACCAAGGUGAUGGCAAGACCGAGCAAGACCGAGCAAGAUCAUCGUUUGGUGACGACGAUUCGGCAAGAAAUGGUCACGGGAUUCUGGUCGUUACCCCAAACGAAGCAUAGCCACACCGAAUACGAUGCUACUAUAAAGCGAAAUCAAGCGCUCUAUUUUUUCGUGAUUCUUGCCCAAUCACCGAUUCUUGGCCAAUCCUUCACCAAUUUCUUCGUCCCCAUUUAUGCUGGGUCGCCUACAACUCCAACACAAGGUCUCCAUCAGCAAUGUAGCAACAUCUUCUCUCUCUCAUCUUUUUGUACAUAUGUUAUGUAUAUAUAUACCCUCUCGAGAGACAUUUCAUUGAGCGACAGGACCGAGACAAGCGCGUGGUCAAACUCCGGAACAACAACUGCCGAUCUCCACUACUUAUAGCACGUAGCCUCGUCACCUCGCGGCGCCACGAAAAAGUUGUAUAGAUUGUCGUGCGCCGACAAGCGCAGUAAGUACGACAACAACCGCGGCGCCAGCGAGCAAUGCUACCCUUCAAGCCGCCCCUGCGAGCGUUGAUGCUCUUCGUCGCCGUCUCGACUGCCUUCCUGUACUUCACCCUCUACCGCCACGACUUGCAUCACCUUACUACCAACAUCCUCCCCCUUGGGAAGACAGACAAGCUCCCCAAAGGCACCAACCUCGACGACAAGGCGUCGUUCAUUCAGGCCUUCCUGGAGCAUGAGAUUGAUGGCCGCUUCGACCCGGCGCCGAUACAGAAGGUCUGCGCGAGCAAGACAUGGAAUGACAACUUGACCAUUGUCUGUGGCGCGCCCCAGGGGGGAAUUGGGAACAUCCGGAACGUCUUCCUGACCUGUUUGCGCUAUGCCAUUGAAGCGGGAGGCGCUUUCGUAGUCCCGGAGAUAGUGAAGCGCGACGCCGACGACCUCUCGAAGCUGACGACAAACAACACUGUCCCCUUCGACUACUUCUUCGACCUUGAACACUUCAAGGCCUCCCUCGCAUUAGCCUGCCCGCAAAUGGCCCUCUACACCACCGCCCCAGGCGACCUCGUCCUCAACCCCCCCAUCGACCUCUCCCCCCAACACCUCCUCUCCGAAACCUUCGCCGCCACCGUCAUCCUCCGCCCCGAGAAAUGGCGCCCCGCCUUCGACGGCUGGCUCUCCGAGCACCCUCCCAUCGCCCCCGGCCGCUCCACCAUCUCUCUCGCAACCCCCCUCCUCAACUUCCCCAUUUACUCCGACCCCACCGCCUUCAUGACCUCCUUCGGCCGCCUCCUCCGCAUCCGCGAACCCUCUCGCCGCCUCGCCGCAGCAGCCGUCCACGCCCUACGCACCAAACACAACAUCCCCAUAACCCCCAUCGGCAUCACGCCCUCCGCCUUCUUCGGCGCGCACCUCCGCGUCGCCGCCGACGCCACAAAGGCCGGCUGGACGGGCUACGAGCAGCAAGCUGCCUUCCUGCUCCACUUCGCCGACGAGGUCAAGCUAAAGACGCUAUACGUCACAUCGGAGUCUGCACCCGCUGAGACGUUCCGCACGGACGCCGCGAAGCGCGGCGCCAUGGCGCUGGCGAAGGAAGACCUCCUCGAUGAGGCGGAGAUGGAGGCGCUGCGCGCUAUGACGUGGGACCAGCAGGCGCUGGUGGAUUACGAGGUGCUCCUCCGCGCAUCGGCGUUUGGGGGCAUCGAGCUGAGCAGUUUUGCGUGGAAUGUGGCGCUGAGACGGCACGUGGUUAGUAGGACGAAGAGGAAGGCGUGGGAGGGCGUUAAGGAAGGGGGGGGGAUGAAUUUUAAGGAUGAGUAUAGCAGGCUCAGGGGGGAGAAGGGGGCGCAUUCCUUGUUUGUGGAGGCGAUGUGGCCGUGAGUGGGUGGUUUUAUGAGGGUUUUUUGGGAUAUAAGGAUAUGAUCAUAUACAUUGGAUGUGGGUUGGGUAAUGCCCAUGAGGCGUUUAUUUCGUUUUUUGGGAGGGAAUAGGAGGAGGGGGAGGUUGGGGAUGAUGGAUGUGGGGUGGUGUGAGAUGUCCUACAGGGCGAUUUUUAUAUCACUAUUUGUGUGUACUAACUAUAUCAUCAACGUAUUUCACAGGCGAAGCGAUCACCCGGACGAAGCGAUCACUGAACUUCCCACCUAAAAUUGAGAAAUUUAUAAGAUAAUAACUCAACAACUUCAUAAUAUACAGGGUUAGCAAAAUUAUUCAACGUAUUCUUGAAUAUUACGUAAGCUUGAUAUUCAAAUUCAUGAAU